AAGAAAAAAAACACUCUUGAGAACAAAAUGUUGUACUACUUCGUCCUUCUCCCAUUCCUGCUACUUUUGGCUUAUAAAUUCCUCUUCUCCAAAACACACCGUUUUAACCUCCCGCCGGGACCACCGUCGCGUCCCAUCGUCGGUCAUCUCCACCUCAUGAAACCACCAAUCCACCGUCUCCUCCAACGUUACUCCGACAAAUACGGGCCAAUCUUCUCCCUCCGUUUCGGCUCCCGCCGCGUCGUUGUGAUUACUUCACCUUCACUCGCACAAGAAGCCUUCACCGGCCAAAACGACGUCAUCCUCUCUAGCCGGCCGCUCCAACUCACCGCCAAAUACGUCGCCUACAACCACACCACCGUCGGAACUGCUCCUUACGGCGCCCACUGGCGUAACCUCCGCCGUAUUUGCUCCCACGAAAUCCUCUCCUCCAACCGUAUCACCAAUUUCCUCCACAUCCGUAAAGAUGAGAUCCGCCGUAUGCUCACGCGCCUCUCACGUGUCGGGUCUCACUCCGAAGACGACGGGAGCCGUUUCACUCACAUCGAGCUCGAGCCACUUCUCUCAGAUCUAACGUUCAACAACAUCGUAAGGAUGGUUACAGGGAAGAGAUAUUACGGCGACGAAGUCAACAACAAGGAAGAAGCAGAGCUUUUCAAGAAGCUCGUUUAUGACAUCGCCGUGUACAGCGGCGCGAAUCAUUCGGCUGAUUACUUGCCGGUGCUGAAACUGUUCGGAAACAAGUUCGAGAAGGAAGUUAAGGCUCUUGGCAAGUCCAUGGAUGAGAUAUUGCAGCGUUUGCUCGACGAGUGUAGGAGUGACAAAGACGGUAACACAAUGGUUAACCAUUUGCUCUCUCUGCAACAACAAGAACCAGAGUAUUACACUGACGUCACCAUCAAAGGCCUAAUGAUGUCGAUGAUGCUCGCCGGGACAGAGACCUCCGCCGUAACACUAGAGUGGGCGAUGACGAAUUUGCUGAAACAUCCAGAAGUGUUGGAAAAAGCGAGAUCGGAGAUCGACGAGAAGAUCGGAAAAGACCGUCUGAUCGACGAACCAGACAUCGCCGUCCUUCCUUACCUCCAGAACGUUGUCUCCGAGACUUUCCGGCUAUUCCCGGUGGCGCCGUUCUUAAUCCCACGCAAACCGACUGAAGACAUGAAAAUCGGCGGCUACGACGUACCGCGCGACACGGUGGUGCUGGUUAACGCUUGGGCUAUACAAAGAGAUCCAGAGUUCUGGGAAGAUCCAGAGAGGUUUAAUCCGGAUCGGUUUGACAAUGGAUGCGGCAGCGAGUAUUACGCUUAUAAGCUGAUGCCGUUCGGAAACGGCCGGAGAAUAUGUCCCGGUGCCGCAUUAGGGCGGAGGAUCGUGACAUUGGCGCUUGGAUCGUUGAUUCAAUGCUUCGAUUGGGAAAAUGUGAAAGGGGAAGAGAUUGAUAUGACGGAGAGUGCUGGGUUGGGUAUGCGCAAGAUGGACCCUUUACGGGCUAUGUGCAGGCCUAGGCCCAUUAUGGCUAAACUUCAAAUCUAGUUUAGCAGUCUAUAGGUGAAAAAGAAAAAAUGUAAUAACUUUAUUAAGUACCUAUAUUUUCUUUUUCCAGUCAA